AUGCCCAUUGCACAAAAGUUUGCUCCACUGAACAAUGGAUUUCGGUUGCCUCUUGUUGGAUAUGAUGCCACUAGCGUUACUGAAGUGGAUAAGACUCUACUAUGCGUAAUAGAUUCAGGUUACCGAUUUCUACAUUGUGAUGCAGACGACGGAAAUUCUGAGAAUCAAAUGGAACAACUGGUUGAUGCUGGUUUCGUGAGGUCCUUGGGUUUAUCAAAUUUCAGUAGAGAUCAAAUUGAUAGACUAAUUAGGUUCUGUAACAUCAAGCCGGUGGUUCUUCAAAUGAAUUCCUCAAUUUUAACAUAUGACAGAGAGCUCAAAGAUUAUGCUCAAUCGUUUGGCAUUCAAGUUAUAGUCAAUGAUACAAAUUCAAAUCAGACCCCGGUAGAAAAUGCCUUCUUGGAAAACGAGGUUGUAUUGAAGAUGGCAAAGAACUACCUAAAGAAUCCUUAUCAGAUCCUCAUUCGGAGAGCAAUUCAACGAGACCUCAUCGUUUUCUGCUGUUCUACCGAUCCCUACAGGAUUCGUACCAAUAUGAGUGUGAGUUUCACCUUAGUUUUUGAAUUCGAGUUGUCGCCGGAUGAAAUGGCAAAACUUGACGAAGUUGAAGAGUCUGUUCAUCGCCAAUGA